AACUCUUCUUCCCCAAAUCCCAGUCUCACUCUCCUCUGAAAUUCAAAACCUUCAUUUUGCUCUCUGAAAACCCUCAAGUUCAAACCUUUAUCGGCUCCAACAUUGUCUAAGAAGAAGUGAUUUCUCUCAUCUGUUUUGAGCACUGGUUUGACGGGCAGAGCAACAACUCUGUACCAGACUAAAAAGAGGAGCAGACACGUUUGAAGUCGUGGUAAGAUGGAUAAGGAAUAUAAUUUCCAGAUCCUAUUACCAAAUGGCACAAGCGUCCGUUUGAAAUUGCAAAAUCCUGAGCCAAAAAUGCCAUUCAGAGAUUUCAUUCAAAGGGUGGAAAAGGAAUACAUCCGCACUUGGAAACAAUCAGGCUCACUGAAGCGGAAACGGGAGAUUAACUGGAAAGGUGGUAGCUUUCUUCUUGUAGAUGCUGAUGAUAUGAAGAUACAAAAUGCAGUGAAUUUCAAGAACUUCAACACACAAAAGUGUCACAUUCUGAGGCUUCAAGAUGGUCUGCGGGAGAGCGCUACUACUUUUGAGAACAUGUGGGAUCUGACACCUGAUACUGAGAUACUGAAGGAACUACCGCAAGAGUAUACAUUUGAGACUGCUCUGGCAGAUUUGAUUGAUAAUUCUCUGCAAGCUGUAUGGUCAAAUGAAAGGAGAGAUGUUAAACAUAUAAGUGUGAAUGUUGAUGAUGAUAUGAUCUCAAUUUUUGACACUGGCCCAGGGAUGGAUGGAAGUGACGAAAACUCUAUAGUGAAGUGGGGAAAGAUGGGUGCUUCACUUCACCGAUCGUAUAAGGAACAGGCAAUAGGGGGUAAACCCCCGUACUUAAAGCCGUAUUUUGGAAUGUUUGGAUAUGGUGGACCUAUAGCCUCCAUGGAGUUGGGGAGGCGUGCAUUAGUUUCUUCUAAGACAAAGGAUUCAAAGAAAGUUUAUACCUUGAAUCUUGAUAGAGAUGCUUUACUCAGUCGGUCUGAUUGGAACACUGGUGGUAGCAUGAGGGAUCCUCAAGAGGAUGAGAUAAGCAGAACACCGCACAGAAGCUUUACUAAGGUUGAAAUCUUUGAACCUAAAUCAAAAUUGGACACAUCUGAACUCCGUUGCAAGCUGAAGGAUAUAUAUUUUCCAUAUAUUCAGUAUGAUGAAGAUACAAAAUCAGGGAAGACCAUAAUGCCAGUCAAGUUUGAGGUCAAUGGCGUUGAUUUGGCUGAGAUUCAGGGCGGUGAAAUUGCAAUUACCAACUUGCAUUCCUGCAAUGGUCCUGAUUUUGUUUUACAGCUUCAGUUCUCCUGGAAGCAAGAUAAUAUGAGAAAAUGUAAAUCUCCAGAUUCAAAAUAUACCAAAGCUAAUGCUCGCCUGAAAUGCGUUUAUUUCCCUAUUGUUAAGGGAAAAGAGAACAUUGACAGAAUCCUGGAGGAAUGCAGGAUCACAGAAAAUUUUGAGACCUUUAGUCGUGUCUCUAUUCGGAGGCUUGGCCGCCUGCUUCCUGAUGCUCGUUGGGGUUUGCUACCUUUCAUGGAUCUCAAGCAAAAAAGAGGAGAUAUGGCACAAUUGUUGAAAAGAUGUUGCAUGAGAGUUAAAUGCUUUAUAGAGACUGAUGCUGGUUUCAAUCCAACAUCAUCGAAGACUGAUCUAGCACACCAUAGUCCUGUCACAACCGCAUUGAGGAAUUUCGGCAAUAAGCCUCUUGAGAAUGAGAAUGACAUCAAAGUUCAAAUUUAUAAGGAUGGAAAUCUGCUAAAUCUUUCUCAACUAAAGAAGGACUAUGAGGAUUGGAUAGUUCAGAUGCAUGCUCGAUAUGAUGAUGAUGAAGCUGACUGUGGUGAAGACCAACCUGUCUUCGUUGUCAAUCCUGCAAACAAAAAGGCACUUCGUAUUUCAUCUGAAGUUGCAAGGUUGCAUAAAUCUAUAACGAGGAAUGGAAGGACCUGGAAGCGUGGUCAAAGAAUUAAAAUUUUUAAGGGAGCAUGUGUUGGGGUUCAAAAAAACAAUGUUUAUGCCACAAUUGAAUACUUUUUGCUUGAAGGUCUCCAAGAUGAAUCUGGUGGUGAGGCUCGAAUUAUAUGCAGGCCUUCAAGUCUGUCAGAUGAAAAGGGUUGCUUCCUUUCAGUCAAUGAUGGCGAUACUAAUUUGGAUAUGGGUGAAUCCUUGUCUAUACCACUCAGUGUGAUUGAUGCUGGAAAGUGCAUAGCUGUUGAAAGAACCGAGUGGGAAAACCAUAUAGAGAGACGACGCCAAAGAUCUCCUUCUACAAUUGAACUUCUUGAUGCAGAACAAUGUCAAGAGUUGGAGGUUGAUGGGGCAUUACCUGUGGAUGCUCGAGCUGGAAAAGCUCCUCCAGAAGAAAUUGUGGCCAUUGUACGACCCGGCAAUUAUGUCUGUUCCAGUUCUUCAAAAAGCCUGGAUCAGAAGUGCAUCGUCAAAAGUAAUUUAGAAAUGUCUAUGGAAGUUAACUUCAGAGACGAUGCUGAAGAACUUCAAAAUGUUCGUCAUAUUUUUUCGGUGUGCGUAGGACCCAAGUCACUUAAGGGAAUUCAGGGGUUAUAUGUUUUUCCAGUUAAACGCAAGCUGCCUGGUUUCUUUCGAAGUGCUGGUAUCUAUACAUUCUCAUUUCGUCUUAAUGAGUCAGAUUGUAAGAGUGCUGAGAGAAAAGUACGAAUCAAGCCAUCUUCCAAGGUCGGAAAGUGGGUCCUUCUAAGCGGUGAUCAGCCUCCACUGUACCGAGUGAGAGCUGGUUCAGUAUUUUCACCUCUCUCUAUAGCAUGUUACGAUGUAUAUGACAAUAGAAUUCCAUUUCCAACUACUCUGGAAGUCACGGUGAAAGUUCAGACAAAUGAGGGUGUGCUUUUCCAUGUAGAGAAAUUCAAAAAAGAACUUUCAACCCAUACUUUGACAGUAAAGGAUAUGCUGAUGGAGAGCAGUGAGUUAGACAAACUUCGUCCUACAUAUGGAGCUACUUUAUUUGUAUGUACAGAAGAUGACAAAUUUUCAGUUUCGGUUCCAUGUGAAGUUAAUCCUGGACCUCUACAGAUUGUUAAGGCUAUUCCUCCUAUUUUUGAAAACCAAGUGCUUCCAGAUUAUACUAUUCAGGAGUUUAUUUUAGAGAUGUUUGAUCAAUAUGGCAAUCAUGUAAUAGAAGGCACUGAAGUUCAAUUGAAUGUGGAGGGAUUUUCUAUUCAAGAUCGACUAGGUACAGCACGUACGGCUGAUCAUCAUGGAUGCAUUGACCUUGGUGGCCUCUUGAAAGUAACCGCAGGUUAUGGGAAAAGUGUAUCAAUUUCUGUCUACUCCAACAAUGAUGUUUUACUGAAUCUUCAGUCUCAAACUGAGAAAAGGGUGUUGAGAAUUUCAUCAAAGGUGCCUGACGUUUGUGUGGCUGGAACUCAAAUGGAAAAUAUGGUUUUUGAAAUUGUCAACUCUGAUGGUGUUGUUGAUGAUACUAUUCAUCAUGACGAGAAAAGUGGCCAAUUACAUAUGCUUACAAUAAAGGCCGGUUCAUCAUUCAUGGAGGAAUCCCUUCGAUACACAUUCAAGCAUGGCCGCUGUACUGUUCCGGCUAUUUUUAUUCCUGAAGUUGAAGAGAGUUUUAACUUUGUAGCUGCUCAUUCAUCUCAUCCAGAACUGCAUUUGAAUGUGAAGGUUCCUGUAGUACAAGCUCCAAAAGAGAAAUAUGAUCAUUCUCUCAUAAAAACAGAGAAGCAUGAUGAGACUCCAAUUCCGUGGGAGGUUUCUCCACUCCGAGAGUCACCACUCCGAGAGUCACAGCAGCAACUAGGAAACUUAAUGGUUCCAAAAGUGGAGCAUCAAGAGUUUCAAUCCCCAUGUACUAAUGGAAACACAUCGCUUCUUCCAGAUUCUUCUUGCCUUCUGCAAUUAGAAAACUUUAAGGAACUGCAGAAUGUCAUCCACAAACAUGGAAUACGCAUUGGAGAUAUGGAAGAAAAAUUGGACCUUCUAAAGCAAGAGAAGGCUAAAGUGAAGAAAGAGCUCAUUGAUUUGCAAGGGUCUAUUGAACCUCACAAAGAGGAAUCGAUAAACCGCAUAGAAAGGAUGAGUAACACUGCAGCUGCUUUUGUCUGUACUCUAUCUAGGGAAGUUUCAUUUGAAGAGGUAAACCAUCAUUUCAUGGGAGAUGUGAUUGGUUUGGUUGCCCUACUUGGUACAGUUGGUACUAGUAAUCUAAGCAGGAUAUUGGCUGAAUACUUGGGUAAAGAUCAGAUGCUUGCUAUUGUCUGUAGAUCCUUUGAAGCAGCUGGAGCUCUUGAGAAGUUUGUACAGAGUGAUUAUGGGGAAGUUGAUUCUAUGCAUGCGCUCUGUGAACCAGCUCUACUUCAGAGACCUACACAUGGUCGAUCUUUUGUUAUAUGUCUGGAAGACAUAAGGCCUUACACUGGUGAUAUCAACGGCAGUGACCCUCAAAAGAAACUGGCAUUGCCAGAUCCUGUCUUGCCAGGUGGAAUGGCUCCUGAUGGUUUCUUAGGAUAUGCAGUCAAUAUGGUUGAUCUGGAUAGCCAUCAUUUACAGACGGUGACAUCUGCAGGCCAUGGUCUCAGGGAGACAGUAUUAUACUGUCUUUUCGGCGAGCUCCAAGUGUAUAAAACCAGGGAAGAUAUGUUGGCUGCUCGUGCUUGUAUUAAGCAUGGUGCUAUUUCUCUGGAUGGAGGAAUUUUGAAACAGAGUGGAGUAGUCUCUUUUGGAAUCGGGGAGCCAGAAAUAUGUUUUCCGGUAGCAGAAAGUCUGGCACUUUCGACAUCAACAAAUUUUGUUGAAGUUGAGCAGCUGAUCAAGGAGAAGAAGUCAAAGUUGACGAUGAUCAAUUGUUGUAUGGAAAAAGUGACCAAAAUCCAUCGGAGAUCAUUAAGGAAAUUCAAGAAGUCAAAGAAGAAGGGGCACAAGCUGUUGGAGAACAUUCGCUCUACCCAAAAAGAUUCUCCAAGUCCGAUGAAAGAAGGGAGAGAGCUCGUAAAAGCUAGCAGCUCUCAAAGUUCAUAAGCAUUAUACUGGUAAUGGUCAGCUAGGCAUAGAUUACUCCCUUUGCUCAGUCUUGGUAGCUAGCAAGUUUCAACUAGUAUCAGUAUUUAAUUUAACUGCUAGUUUGAUCCAGCUUACAGAAUGAUUGACUGGUACUUCACUCUUCAGCCUCGAUGCACAGUGAUGUAACAUUUACUUCAGCUAGUGUAAAUGGACCCUUUUGUUUAAAAAAGGAAGGAUGGCUCAGACUUUUCCUUCCUAAUGAUUUGUUCUGUGCAAUGUUGAGAAUGUGGAGGCUUUUGCAGUUUCAUUCAUAAUGUUAAUCACUAGUCUGUUAAGCUACUAAAAUAGUUGGACAACC